AUGCGCCGAUCAACGCGGACGCGGCUGUCUCUCGCUCCAGCCAUCUUGUUGGCAGCUCUCGUCGAGGCUGACCUCAACUACGUGACGGACCUGGAUAUCUACUCUCUCCUGGCCCCUUGUGUCUCCGACGCCAUCUCUUACAACAUCGCGACUCUCACAUACGGCACAAUAUGCGGCGACUCGGAGACGGAGCUGCAGUCGUGCGCCUGUUCCAACACGGACCGCUUCAACAGCAUCACGUCGUCCAUCUCGCGCGACGUCAAGGUCAGCUGCGGCAGCACCGCGACCGAGGACCAGCAGAGCGCAUCGAGCGUCCUGGCCAAGUACUGCAACCAGGACCUGCCGAUCACCUUCUCGACGCCGACCAAGAACGUGGUCGAGGCCUACAUCACCGACCUGAGCCAGAUCAACUAUCUUCCGCAAUGCGCCCAGUCGGCGCUGUCGGAAGCCGUGAUGGGGGAUAACGCGUCCAGGUGCCCCGAGGCCGCCAAUCUCUUUGCGCCCUGCGUUUGUGGAAAGGGCGGGAUCCCCUCACAAGUCAGCGACGUGAUCAGCAAGUCUGUUCGAUACUCGUGCUCCAACGGAGGCGACAUCACCGCUGCUCAGGACUUUUACAACGAAUACUGCGCCAUGAACAACGGAACGACGACGUUUACGCAGCCGCCGGGGCCGCCAGGAGACAUUCAAGGCGUUGCGCAAACGGAAAUAUACUGCGCCACCGGUCCCCAGGCCCUCGCCUCGUGCGUCUGCAUCAAGUCCGGCAUGAGCGGCCGGAUCCUGAGCACCCUCACGUCCAACGUCAAGUGGAACUGCGACAACACGGCCACGGCAGACGUCACCUCGGCCCUCGACGUCUUCGCCGUGUACUGCAGCGCGGCGGAAAAGGAGACUGUCCUGUCCGUCACCGAGACCGCCACGGAAACGUAUCCGCAUCCUACCAACCGCGUCUCUUCGUUUUCCGCCAGCCCUUCCGAGACGGGGAGCAGCGGCGGCGGCGGUGGCGGUGGCAGCAGCGAUGGAGGAAACAGCGGCUCCGAUAAUGGUGGAAAAGACGGAGGAUCAUCAUCAUCUCCUGACGGUAAUUCGGGCGCGGACUCGAGCUCAAAGACAAACUCGAUCAACAAGACGGCCGUCAUUGCGGCCUGUGUCCUCGCAGGCGUCGUUCUCAUCGCCGCCAUUGCCGCCGUGGCAUUCUUCGUCCGCCGGAAACGCAACAAGAACAAGGGAGAGCAGCUCCCGAUAGCCGACGGCCCUCCUCAUCUCGAAGGCCCCCCCGAGCUCGAAAACACGUCCAAGAUGGGGCCAAACGUCGCCGUCGUGCCCGAGCUUCACAGCACCGAGAGACAGGAGCUCCAGGGACAUACCGGGACGCCCUUGAGCGAGUUGCCGCCCGGUUACGCCUCUCCUCGGCCGGAGCUCCAGGGGAGCGGCGAGUACAAGCCGCCGGUUUCGCCGGUGCACGGAGGAGGAGGCUAUCAGCAGCCGCCCCAUUCGCCGUAUUACGGGCAUCAGCAGCAAGGGGCUGCGACGGUCUCUCCUGCGACGCCAAACACGUACGGGGCUGGAUGGCAGUCUGGGCCGGUUGCGGAGACGUAUGAGUUGGAUUCGGCUACGUGGAAGGCUUCAUAG